AAGCACAACUUCUCAUCAGUAUAGACCACCUUCCCUCUCUUCUGUUACCAAUGGCUCCCUCAUCAAACUACAUUUCUUUCCUUUUCCUCACCACCCUUUUGUUUGCUCUUCAAAUCAGUGCAAGAGACAGCCAGUUCUUCAGCAAAGUCACCCAUUUUGACAAAAACAGUGUCAAAGAGACAGAACUUCCCAACAAAGAAGCACCAGAAGUGAACAAGCCAGAGCAACAACCACCUUUCAUUCCGGAGACUGAAAACAGCUAUGGCCUAUAUGGUCAUCAUGAUGAGUAUAACCAAGUCCCUUCCACCACCACCAACCCCACUUCUUACCACCCCUACAAGACCGAGUUUGAGAACUCCAACAACAAGUAUUACAACAAUGAUGCCUAUAACACAAGGUUCUCCGAAACCGGUUACAACAACAACAAGGAUUCUUAUGAGGGUAACCAAUAUGAGUUAAGUGACACAAAGUACACAGAAGAAGAAUACAACAACAACAACAACAACAAGUAUCACAACUCCUAUCAGAACAACAACCAGAAGUACUACAACAACGAUGCUGCCAAUGGCAUAUACUCCUACAACAACAACAACAAUUACAAUGCUAACAAUAACAGGUACAAUACUUACAACAACAACAAUGCCGUUAACGGGUACAAUGGUGAGAGGCAAGGAAUGAGUGACACAAGGUUUUUGGAGGGUGGAAAAUACUUUCAUGACGUUGCCGCCGAGAAGUACAAUCCAACAAACUAUGGUGACUCAUCAAGGGAAGUGAACACUAACAACUGGUACAACAACAGAGGUGGCAACUACAACGGGAACCAGAACCAGCAGGAGUUUGAAGAUGAACAUGAGAACUUCGAGCCAUGAGCUUGGAUCAUUGGCAAAGUAAAGAGUUCACUAUACUUUUGAGUAUCCACUAUGGGUGUUUAAUGUUUUUAUUGUGUUUUAGAUUCAAGAAAACACAAAGUUAAAGGAUAUGUUAACUAUGAAGGGCUUUUAUUUUAUUUUUUACUUAGUAGUACUUCUAUUAAGUCUUGCUUCCGGAUUGCGUUGUCUCUGUCAUGAUCUGGAAAUACCUCUACGAGAGCAUGAGUAAUUUUUGCUUAACUAAUAAGUUGUAUAAUAUUGUGAAGUAAGCUUGUUUCUUGCUCUCAUUUUUA